UGGUGGCCGUUAGAUGGUGGGCGAGUUAAAGGUCCAUCGUUUCUAGUGGUGGUGUCUGGAUCCCCCAUGUUGUCUCGCUGCCUUUUUUUUCUUAAUUUUACGCCAUUCCUCUCCCUCUUCUGGAGCAGCGGCUUUUGGCGUUUGGAGUCGAGGUAUUUGGAAAUCCCCAAAGCGAUCUCAAUUACCAGACGAUCGAUCGAGGCACACAUACUGGGAAGAAUGGAUGUGGAUUCUCUUAACAUUGAGGAUGGGGUCCCAUUCAAAGAGGAGUUGAAUGAUAGCUCAUAUGGAAAUAAAGACGAAGAGAAGGUGAACAGUUUUAAUGAAGCUGAUGGAGAACAAGAAGGGAUGCAAGCUUUUGCAGAUCAAGAGAAGCUUAGUUCCCCUGUACUUCCUGUUGCUGUUGUUAGUGAAGGACUGCAAUCACCUACUUCCAUACCAAACUUGGCAAAUUCAUCAUCUCACAUAAACAAAAAUGAAGAACCAGGUGAGCAUCAUUUGCCAUUUGAGUCUGAUGACCAUUCACAAGUUGAGUGCGUUUCUAAUGAAAAUGUUGAAAAGAAUAGUCAUAGCUUUGAGGAACGGACCUCAAAUGUUGGGGAUCAUGAAUGCCAUGAUGAGGAACAAGGAGCUAGUGAUAACAGUCAUUCUGGUGAUCUUCAUGAUGUUGAGGCUGAUCAAAUAGUGAAAGACGAAAGGACAGUAGUAGAUUCAUCUCAUUUGCCUAUUGAGAAUGAUUUCAACUCUCAAUCUGAAAAGCCUGAGUUUGAUAAUGAUGUAAUCAAAGGUGGAAAUGCCUGUAACAGUAUGGCUGAGAAAGAAGAUGAUCAUAUAGUUGGUGUUGCAAACUUGGAUGACAGAGAACCCCUUAGCGAUAGUUUUGUCGUGCAAUCUCUGCCAACUGAUAGAAGCUCACAACCAUCUUCAGUAGAGAGGGAAUUAUCUGUCCAUACAGAAAAAUCUGCCAACCCCAAUCCAUUGGCAGUAGGAGAGCACCUACCAACCAAGGUCAAUGAGCAAAAAUUAGCUCGUUCCCCCAAACAUACACCUUCUGAAAAGCACUCUGUGAAGCGAAAGAGAGAUUCUCAAGAUAGUGUAUCUCCUCCUCCAAGACUUAAAUCUUCUCGAGGAAGAGCAACAUAUAAAGAAGCUCAUCACAGAGAUUCUUCUCCAAGAAAAAGGACAUCAGCUUCACCUCGAAGCCGGGAAUCUCCACAUAGGAAGGAGAGGCCAACAUCUCGGUCACCUGUUAGGCGGAAAGAUACUUCUGCUUCUGGAUACAGGAGAGAUCACCAUGGUAGAUCUCGCUCCAGAUCUCCCUAUUCAAGGGAUCAUCAUAGAAGGUCUCCAAGGAGACGGCAUUCUCCAAGGUAUAGAUCUCCUCCACCUAGUAAUCAUUCUCGUCAUUGGUCAUCCAAAAGGCCAUGGUCACCACCAACUAACCGCAACACUGGAGUGGGUAAGCCCGGGAGGAAUUUAUUUGUUGCAGGUUUUAGCUAUGUUACCACUGAAAGAGAUUUGGAAAAGAAAUUUUCUAGGUAUGGACGUGUAACAGAUGUUCGGAUUGUUCGGGAUAAAAGAUCCGGGGAUUCUCGUGGCUUUGGAUUUUUAUCCUUGGAAAAGGAUGAAGAUGCCGAUGCUGCAAUACGCGCUCUUGAUCAAUCUGAGUGGAAUGGAAGGAUUGUUCUGGUGGAGAAAUCCAAGAGUCCGGGGCACUGAAAGAUUUCUCUGCAUUGCUGCCAUAGUCAAGAAAGAUCGAAGAGCUUUCAGUUUUGUUUUGGAUCGGUAUUGGUUCCAAGUUCCAAACAUAUGACAUUGAUCAUGCUAUACUGCCAAGUAUUACUCAGUAACGAACUCUUUGAUCUUGUAGUAUGUCUCUGUUUUCAGCUUGUCAUAGAAUGUUUAUUCUCUUUAUGGAAGUGUUGUGGACAAAUAUUUAGGGUGUAUACAACUGCAACAAUAUGUAAUUUGAAUUUUCAAUCAAAUAAUUUCUGCA